UCGUCCACAGUUCUAGAGCCAUCCCAGAGCGAGCGCAGUGUGUAGAGUGUGAGUUCGGUCUCGUGCAAUUGUGGUCUGUUUUCGUCGCAAAACAGAUUUACUAACAAAAACAAACGCUCCAGCCCAAACGUUCCGGCAAGAUGCAACUGUUCAAGUGUUUACUGGUGAUCGGGUGCCUAGCGACAGUGUCCUUCGCCCACAGUGCUUCCGCCACGCUGCCGAUCAGCUCGAACUCGAUCGACGACAGCAACGGACCGCAGCAGCAGACGCCCCGCGCCGGCUCGUACCUGGGCGAGAUCAAGUACCUGUACAAGACGUACCAGGACUGUGCCAGCGGCGAUGUCUCCACCUGCCUCAAGAUGAAGCUGUUCACCAUCCUGGACCGUGUGUCGCGCUCGACCAAGGACUUCAAGUUGAGCGAGGGCGUGCGAUUCGUGCGCGAUCAGGAAUCGGCUGCCGAAGCGACCCCGCUGAAGACGGAGGCCCAGCUCGAGGCUGAGCUGCCCCGUUCGCUCGACGAGAAGGAACGCUCGCUCAACUCGAUGCUCUUCGACAAGGUUCUGUCCUUCUUCCAGUCCCACACCCUGCAAGUUAAGUUCCCGUCCAGCGAGGAAAUCAAGCGCUCCAUGGAUGAGGUCCGCGGAGGAGGCGGUGGCUUCGGAGGUGCCGGCGGCGGUGGCUUCGGAGGUGGCAAGGACAAGGACAAGAAGAACGGCCACUGGAUCAUGAUCCCGCUUCUGCUCGGCAGCACGCUCGUCCCGCUCGCUUUCGGUGCCCUCGCCCUGCUCGCCGGUAAGGCUCUGAUCGUUUCCAAGCUGGCCCUCGCCCUGGCCUCCAUCAUCGGCAUCAAGAAGCUGAUCUCGAGCGGUAGCGGUCAUCACGAGUCGGCCCAUGAGGUGGUCGUGUCCGGCGGACACGGUGGCGGCUGGGGACGCAUCGGAUCCGGCCAGGGUCUUGCCUACAACGGCUACGGACACUACGCUCAGUAAGCGCAGUAUCCAUUGACCUGCCACCGCCCCCGUUGCCAACCAAAACCCCCGCAAGCAAGUUGUUUGAUGCGUCCUGUUUAACCCGGGACGUCAGAAGCCGAACAAUGUAUCCGAUCCCAGCCAUCGAUCGCAUCCCCUAUCAUCUCAGCCAAAAUCCCAGCAUCCCCACUCCCAACCCGGUGGAUGUUAUCGAUGCAAGCUGGGAUCGGUAGUACAUCUUCGGCCCAUUCAGCAUCUCGGCGAUCACCAAGGCGCACAACAAGCAGCGAACUCGCACAAUACCGACUGACGAACUGAUACCCCUCCGGUAGGGCAUCGUUCUAUCAUGCCGUGUCACAUGGAAACUUGCCUCCAAAACGUCAUCUACAAAAACCGAAGCGAACAUUACACAACCAAAACGUUCCUCCUUAUCCCCCCCCACCAACACUCACACACAUACUCCCAAAAAGCUACUCUCACACAGACACAUCCUCAUCCUAGAUCCCCCAAAAAAACCAAGGCCCAUCGUUCCUGGUGGGCGCACCAGCUUUAGCUCUUAGUGGUCGAGGCGGCUCCCGUUUUUGCCUGGAGCGCGGCCCACCACACGACAGUUUAUUUAUUUAACUUAAUUUAAUUUAUUGUACUGCUUCUCAACAGAACUGAUAAUUUAUGCGUUGUAGAUGAUUUUUGUUUUGUACGAUUUAUGUUUUCGUUUUCGUUAUUUUUUUGUACGAUACGUCCUAUUUUUGUGUAAAAAAAACAUGCAGUCAAAUAAAACUUAAUUGAA